UCACGUCUCUUCUUCCCGCAGUCCCCCACUCCCACGCGCCAAGCUCGCGCACAGAUCCGAACUCCGCGCAGGCCUUCUUCCCAUCUCCGGCUUCUCUUUCCUUCGUCCUCGUCGUCGAUCCAAGGAGGAACGAAGAAGCGCGCGCGCGCACAAACCUUGAUCCCGAACAAAUUCGAUCUCGCUCGAGGAACCCGCGCGCGCGUCGAUCGAUCGGUUGAAUUGUUGGAGCGUCCAAGAUGAGCGACGCCGAUGUCGGGAAGCAGGUCCAGCAGAUGGUCCGGUUCAUCCUGCAGGAGGCCGACGAGAAAGCCAGCGAGAUCACGGUUGCCGCGGAGGAGGAGUUCAACAUCGAGAAGCUGCAGCUGGUGGAGUCCGAGAAACGGCGGGUGAGGCAGGAGUACGAGCGCAAGGAGAAGCAGGUCGACGUCCGCAGGAAGAUCGAGUACUCGACGGAGCUGAACGCGGCGCGCAUCAAGCUGCUGCAGGCGCAGGACGACGUGGUCGCCGGCAUGAGGGAGAACGCCGGCGAGGCGCUGGUCCGCGUCACCAAGGACGCCAACACCUACAAGAGGAUCCUCAAGGGCCUCAUCGUGCAGAGCUUGCUUCGGCUGAGGGAGGCGGCGCUGGUGCUGCGGUGCCGGGAGGCGGACCGGAGCCUGGUGGAGGCGGUGCUGGAGGUGGCCAAGAAGGAGUACGCCGAGAAGGCCAAGGUGAACCUCCCCAAGGUCAUCAUCGACGGCAAGGUCUACCUCCCGCCGCAGAGGAACAGCCGCGACGCGCACGGGCCGUCCUGCUCCGGCGGCGUGGUGCUGGCGUCGCAGGACGGCAAGAUCGUCUGCGAGAACACGCUGGACGCGAGGCUUGGCGUCUCCUUCAGGCAAAAGCUUCCUGAGAUCAGGAAGAAACUCUUCAGCAAGCAAGUAUCCUAAUAAGCUGUUUCUGCCCUGAUCGAUUGUUUCCCUUCCUGGAAUAAACCAGAAGCGGUUCCUGAUAAUUUGGAUCUCGACUGUCUCGUUGCCAGUGAGGUCUCGAAGGAUCCUAGUACCUGUUUCUUUGAGUCUGAGAUUUAGUACUAAACCGUGCCUCUGGAGUACUGGGAGUAGCAUAUUAGCAGAAAAAAUUGUAAUGUUUGAAUGAAAAGUCGUCAAAAUUAAUUUGUAAUUUUUGAAUCGAGUUCUGUCCAGACAUUA